AUGGUACUAACUCAGGUCACAUUUGGAAUCAACUUUGAACAAUUCCCACCACCUGUUCACCCCACCCCCACCCAGCCCUGUUCCACCCCCACCCCUGCCCCCACCCCUGUUCCUGUUCCACCACCUGUUCCACCCUGUUCCCACCCCACUGUUCACCUGUUCACCCACCUGUUCCAGCCCCCACCCCUGUUCCUGUUCCCACCUGUUCACCCUGUUCCUCCUGUUCCACCCCACCCCACUCCAGCCCCACCCCACCUGUUCCUGUUCAGCUCCUGUUCCCACCUCCACCUGUUCUCACCCAGCCCUGUUCCUGUUCCAGCCUCACCUGUUCCCAGUUCACCCUGUUCCAGCCCCACUCCUGUUCCCCAGCCUCCCUGUUCCACCACCUGUCUGUUCACCCCACUCCACCUGUUCCCACUCCCAGCCUCACCUGUUCCCCACCACCCUGUUCCACCCAGCCCCAGCCUGUCCCUGUUCCAGCUCCCACCACCCCAGCCCCAGCACCUGCCACCACCAGCCCCACCCAGCCCCCAGCCCCCACCUGCCCUGUUCCCACCACCUGUUCCCUCCCACCACCCCUGUUCCCCACCACCUGUUCCCCCCACUCCACCUGUCUGUUCCACCAGCCCACCCUGUUCCACCCCAGCUCCCACCCCUGUUCACCCCACUCCAGUUCUGUUCCCAGCCCCACUGUUCCAGCCCCACCCCACUGUUCCACCUGUUCACUCCCACUCCACCCCUGUUCCUGUUCCUGUUCCAGCCCCACCCACCCACUGUUCACCCCAAACUCUGUCUGUUCCUGUUCCCGUUCCCCACCCACACCCACCUGUUCCCACCUCAACUGUUCCCAGCUCCCUGUCUGUUCCACCCACCCUGUUCCUGUCUGCCUGUUCAAACUCCCUGUCUCAGUUCCACCUGUUCCCACCUCCAGUUCCCAGCUCCUGUUCCUGUCUCAGUUCCUGUUCAGCCCAGUUCCCACCCCUGUUCACUCCAGCCCAGCUCCUGUUCCACCCCUGUUCCUGUUCUGUUCCCACCCACCUGUUCCCAGCCUCCCAGCCCCACCUGUUCUGUUCUGUUCCCCACCCCACCUGUUCCACCAGCCCCACCACUCCCACCCACUCCCACCACCCCAGCCCUGUUCAGCCCCACCCCACCCAGCCCCUGUUCCUGUUCACUCCCCACCCCACCACCCUGUUCCAGCUCCCAGCCCCACCUGUUCCCAGCCCACCUGUCUGUUCCAGCCCUGUUCCCCACCUGUUCCUGUUCCACCAGCCCUGUUCCACCCACCCAGCCCCACCCACCCUGUUCUGUUCCUUUCCACUGUUCCUGUUCCCAGCCCUGUCUCAUCUCCCCUGUUCCCACCCCUGUUCCAGUCUCACCUGUUCAGUCUCUGUUCCCACCUGUUCCCUGUUCUGUUCCCAAACCCCAGUCUCACUCCUGUUCCAGUUCCUGUUCCCAGCUCCACUCCCACCCCAGCUCCCACCCAGCUCACUCCACCUCAGCUCCCAGCUCCCACCUCAGCUCCCAGCCCAGCCCCUGUUCCUGUUCCCCAGCUCCAGCCUGUCUGUUCCACUCCCACCACUCCCACUCAGCCUCCACCUGUUCCCCACCAGCCCCACUCCCCUGUUCCACCACCAGCCACUCUCUGUUCCAGUUCCACCCUGUUCAGUUCCCCCCAGCCCCACCAGCCCCACCAGCCCCACUCCACCUCCAGCCCCACUCUGUCUGUUCCCACUCCAGCCCUGUUCCACCCCAGUUCCAGUUCCUGUUCACCACCCCUGUUCCCACCCCUGUUCCUGUUCACCAGCCCCACCUGUUCCACCUGUUCCACCCCAGCUCCCCACCUGUUCCACCCCACCCUGCCCUGUUCCCAACUGUUCCACCAGUUCCCUGUUCCAGCCCCCACCUGCACCCCAGUUCCCCCACCCUGUUCCACAAAUGUCCACCACCAGCCCCAGCCAGUUCCUGUUCACCCCUGUUCCCCAGUUCCAGUUCCACCUGUUCUCACCCAGUCACCCUGUUCCCACCCUGUUCCUGUUCCAGUUCCUGUUCCACCAGUUCUGUUCACCCCUGUUCAGCUCCCAGCUCCCAGCCUCAGCUCCUGUUCCUGUUCUCACCCCAGCUCCCAGCCUGCCCCAGCCUCAGCCUCAGCCUCACCUGUUCCCAGCCUCCACUCUUAGCUUUAGUUUAGCUUUAGCUUAG